AUGUCCCGGGCAGAAACGGAACCCCUCCUCCCUCGCUAUGACGACGAAACGAGCCGUCAGCGUAGGCUGCAUCAGAAGAUCCAUACCUAUCAGAUGCUCCGCGCCUUUGCCGAGGGUUAUAUGCCAUCCACCGAGCAAGCAAUUGCCAAUCUCCGCACUUUGCUAGCGUUCGACAUCUUCAACCCUCGAAAUCCCGAUAUAGGCUCCGUGGGACGUCAGCUGGUCCGCGAUUGCCGCUUGUGGAUUCAAUUGUUGAUUGAGUUCUUGCAGACCAAGAAUGGCGAAGAUCAGUUGCAGGAAUUCGUUUGGCAUCUCUCCCACGGCAAGGCCACUAUGCAUGCAGGGGAACUCACUCAACGCGCGGCUCAUAACAAAGCCAAGGCAGAUACCAAAGCGGCAUAUGAUAGCCUUCGAACCGUUGGAAACCUCUUGCUAACCAACGCCGACUUCCGCCUAUUCGUCGAGGACUUGACCACCGUUGGCCGUGAGAUAUUUUCGGAUACAGCAUUCUCUCUGUCUAGAGCGUCACGAAAAGCCGGGAAGAAACUCAAGCCGAAACAGGCGGAUCAAGAGGCUUUAUCUGGCGCUGGCGCGGAUGAGGAUCAUAACGUAUCGAACGAGGAGCUGCGGGAAGAACUAGGCCACGUUGCAGAAGUUGCCAAAAAUGGACUUGUCCAAACCGGCAAAGAAGCGAAAGAGUCUGCCGAGGAGCACCUUACCGGAGAGGAGCAGGAGACCUUGUUGUAUCGGCUGAAGCAGACAGUCCUCAAGCUUCGUGAUCGUAGAGAUUAUACAGACUCGGUUGCGAUAUUGGCACGUUUGUUGCAAAAAUACGCCUCCGUCUACGUGAAUGCCGCCACAGAUACGGUUUCGACUGUUGAGGAUGAAACUGAGAUCAACGAGGACCUCAAAGAGGCCAUACGUAAAUUCUGGGCCUUGCUUCAGACCAUUGGUGAUCGCAAAGAAUGGCAAGAUUUGGAGCGGCGUCUUCACGACGUGCUUCAGCAUGCCAGUGGAGAUCCUGAGUUCGAGGACCUGGUAUCAGAGAUAGGAUCCGCCAUGCAGGAAAUGAUGACCAACCCUGAUUCUUUCGACUCUGCACCGGAGAAGAUUGAGGAGCUCAAGGAGAAAUCCAAGCAAGUCGGUUCAGAGUCUAGUCUGCGCAAGGACAUUGACGAAUUCCUUGCCCAGGCAAAGCGAGCCCUGCGGUCCAUCUCUCAGGAUGAAACAGUCUCCAAACUAACCAGCGCGUCACGCAAGCUCUACAAGGAUGUCUCGGACGGCUAUUACAACCGACGUGCAAAUCUACCCGCGGAUAUGCUCGAGAUCUUCUUGCCGCUUGUUAUCCGGAACAUCCAGUACAUUCCUAUUCCUCGCCUGGAGAUUUCCGCACCUGAAGUGGACCUUUUGAUCGAGAAUUUAAUCCUCGAGCCCGGCCACACAGUGAACUACUCGUCAUUCCUGCCUUAUCGGAUGCAUGUAACUACACGCAACGACAUCGACGUCGUCAAGCGUCAUUCAAAGCGGACGACGGCAAAUCUGAAGACAAUGUUUACCGUAUCACUCAGCGGGAUUAACGUGAGUGCUUCAGAAUUCGGCUUCUGGCUCCGCACCCACAAAGCACUCUUCUUCUAUCUCAAAGACCAAGGCAUUGCGAGCUUCUUCCUCGAUAAACGAGGUGUCGAUAUCUCUCUCGAUAUAGAAGUCGGUCGGGAUCGCUUAGAGCAAAUCUUCACCUUGCGCGGAGUGCGUGUCCGCAUCCACAAACUCGACUACAAGGUGCACAGCGGCAGAUGGAGGUUCUUGGUCUGGCUCACCAAGCCCUUCCUCAAGCACAUGAUCCGUCGAGUGCUGGAGAAGCAAAUUGCCGAGUCAAUUGUUCAGGCGGCUCAUGCACUCAACCGGGAAUUGGUAUUUGCUCGGGAGCGUCUUCGAGCCGCGCGUAUCGCCAGCCCUCACGAUCUGUAUACUUUCGUCCGCGCGGUCAUGGCCCGUUUGACGCCGGCCCCUAACCCUGAUAUUGACGCCCGUGUUGGUAUUGACGCACCCGGUCAAGGAGUUUUCAAGAACGUCUAUGCCCCCGGAAGCCUUGUCAAGGUCUGGCAUGAGGAGGCUUUGCAAGCACAUGACUCCAUCGAAGAGGGUGAGGAGACUCCUGGGCUGCACAGGACCUGGAGAAAUACCAUAUUUGAUGUUCCAGUAUAA